AUGCUCAUGGCAACGGAGCAGUCAGAGAGCGGAACACAUGGCCCGCCCACCGGUCAAGCAGAUCAACAACCUAUAACGCAGAUCGAAGAUGUUACUAUCGGUACGCUUACUAAGAGCUGCUUGGACGUCUACGCUGAAGUCUGGCAACGGAUAGACACGAAGAAGAUUAUGCCGGUUGGGUCUGUCAUGAAUCUGCGUAUUCACCUAACCAAAUGGGCCCAUCAAAACGGCAUAACUCAUCAGGAUGAACGAUCUCUCGAGAGCUGGCCUCAAAAGUCUAAGUCAAGCGAUCUAUCAUCAAAUCUACUCGCAACUUUGGAGAACGACAAUCUCAUACGAAAGUGGCUCCAUUGGAUCGAAAUGGACUUGGGCAAAGUGUCUAAGAUUUUGGAUAUCCUGACUGGAAGAUUUGUAGCAGAUGGAAACACGUCGACUCCAGAAGCAAAGCCGACAUCAGGCCCAGACGCUGGCAAUCCCAAGUUGAAGUCUGAUCUAAAGAAGCUCAUGGGGCAGCUAGCCUAUUACAAUGGACAGCUUUUCCGUCACACUGAGGAACUCAAAAACCCUAGCCGCGGUGAAGAAGACAAAGAUAUCGAUAAAGAAUUGGUCGAAAAGAAAGUUUCUCCCUCCGCGGUUGGCAAAAUCGAAGAAAUGGAAGAAACACUAAAGGUCGAAAUCGUGGGACUUGCUCAAGAUUGCAAAGUCGACUACGAAGACGUCAUCCGAGACUUCGACAGGGCGGACGAGCAAAUAAAGAAGAAGACUCCAAUCAGGGCCAUCAUAAUCGAGGGCGAGGUUUUGUGCCGUUGGAAAAAGCAUCUCGAAGAGCUUCCGCGCGAUGCGAUCUUCCACAUGUACAACUGUUGGCCAGAUUUGAACGUGAAAGACCCGAAGGGACGAAGCGAGAUUAACGAAAUGCUUCAACAAGCUAAUCCUAGCGGGGAGACAGGCUUGAAGGGUGCACUUCAUGUCAUCAAAGAGAAAUUGAGCAAGAUCUCCGAGAUUUUAAGAGGACGUAACACAUGGACGGAGGUAGCGCAGUCGAAUGGCACCUCGCCGUUUUCAGGUCUCGAGUUCCAUGUAAUGGCUCUAAUUUGGCAGAACCGAUGCCUAUGCUGCUUCACGGAGUUGAUCAGUGACAGCAUUGUAGCUAAAGCAGGCGUGUCGCCUGCUCAAGCAACCGAAAAUUCCACGACGGAGAUUGAUAGAGUUACCAUCAAAGCGCUCGCUCAAAGCUGCCAUGACGACUACCUUAGGGUCUAUAAGGAAUUCCAGGCCGUCUUCGAUGAGAAGUUCGAGGCCUGGGUGGCAUCCCAGGAGAAAGCGGAAUCUGAGAAGGGAAAAGCUAGAGCACAAGAUAAACCACGUGGCGAGGCGAUAAAGGAUUACAUGGAGAAGAACGUGUCGCAUAGUUCUAUCUUACAGCAAUGUGUGUUGUUUGAAGUCUGGGCAAUGAGUAAUGGUGUGUUUCAACCGCGUAAAAGCUCUCCCGAGUACCGGCUUCGGCAGCUUACUCUAAAGCUUGACGAUGCAAUGAAACAUCGAUCUGUAGACCCUCAUAUCGAUGAGCAAACAAAGCAACAGCUUCAGUUGAUCCAGAUAACUUUAGCGGAAAUGUCUGGUAUCCUAACCAGGAAACGCAAAUCGGUCGAAUCGAAAGCGAACUCAGAUGACACAGACUCCGAUAAACCGGAUCCUGAUGAUACGGAUUCCGAUAGUACAGACUCUGACGAUACAAGCUCUGAUGAUACAGACUCUGAUGAUACAGACUCUGAUGAUACAGACUCUGAUGAUACAGACUCUGAUGAUACAGACUCUGAUGACACAGACUCUGACGAUACGGAUUCCGAUGAAGCGGAUUCUGACGAAGCGGAUCCAGACCACGCAUUUACCGAAAUGAUGCCAGAACUCCAGAGGCUUAUGGACAACCUUGCAGACUACAACAAAAGUCUUGAUCGGUUGUCGCAGCGGUUUACAAAAACAAGACCAGCAGAAGGAGGCGUCUGCACCGAUGUUGAGAGCGACGACCAUAAGGGUCUCGACCAAAGGUUGGAGGUCCGGAGACGGGGAAACGUCAAAGGCAUCCAGGGCAAGCUAGAGGUCAGUUGA